AUGAAAGAAGAUUUACUCCGACAAUUAAAUAAUAUUAAUAAUUCUAAUAGUUGUAAUAAUAGUAGUUAUAAUUUAAAUAGUAGUGGUGUAUCAUCUAUUACAUCAACAUCAUCAAAUGAUUUAAGUAGUUUCAACAACUUCAAGGGUUGUAGUAUUUGUAAAUGUCCACAUCAUCAACAACAGCAAUUACAAGAACAACAUUUACAACUACAACAAGCAUUGUAUAAUAAUAAAAAUAAUGAAUCAUUAGUUAAACUGAAUGUAGGCGGUCAAAGAUUUAUUACAACAAGAGAUACACUACUGUCGAAAGGCGAAAACUUCUUUUCAUCUCUAUUAAAUGGAUGUAUUCCAUCUUUUAAAGAUGAAAAAGGUUAUAUAUUUAUAGAUAGAAAUGGUCGUUACUUUAAUUUCAUUUUAGAAUAUUUAAGAACAGGAUUUGUAGAUAUAUCUCAAGAUAUAAAGAUAGAAGCAAUCUUUAGAGAAGCAGAUUUCUAUUGUAUACAUGGAUUCCAAUUGCAAUGGUUAGCACAACAACUACAUAAGAGUGCUGCAGUCAGUAGAGCUGCCAGUAGCAGUCGAAUGAUUGAAAAAGACAAUAAUGAAGAUGAUGAGACCAACGUUGUAAACAAUGUAGUAAAUAUAAUCAACGAUGUAAAUAAUCACCAUGUAAAUCACCACACCAACACAACCGUUCGAAGAAGACAACUUUCAAAUCAAGACUUACGAUGGUCUUUGGGUGCACUAGUUGAAAGAUUAUUAAAAAUUUGA